AUGGCCACUCCAUCUACAGUCAUUAGAAUCAAGCCACACCAAUACAUUCAUGUAUUGGAUAAUAAUACAAAUGUAACUCGUGUUGAAGUUGGUCCACAAACAUUCACUAGAUUGGAUCAUGAAAAAGUAUUGACUGCUACCCCAUUGCCAAUGAUUUUGAUCCCACCAAGAAACUAUUGCAUUGUAGAGAAUCCAAUUAUUAAAGAUAAGGAUGGUAAAUUGGUGAUUGACCAAUUCCAACAACCAAAGUUGCGUCACGGUGAUCAAGAGAUCCGUUUCGCCCAAGAUCCAUUCCCAUUAUACCCAGGUGAAAUCUUGGCUGCCGCACCAGUCCCACUCAACGUUGUUCAAGCCAACAAUGCUUUGCGUUUGAGAUGUCUUCGUGACUUUGUUGAUAUUGUCGAUAAGAAGGAAGUUGUUCGUGUCGCUGGUGACGAAUGGUUGUUCGAAGGUCCAGGUACCUACUACCCACGUGUUGAAGUACAAGUUUUGGAGGGUGUCAAGGCUAUCAUCAUCAAGGAGAAUCAAGCCUUGAAGUUGAAGGCUCGUCUUACCACCAAGGAUCGUAAGGGUGUUCUCCGUCAAGUCAACGAAGAAUGGUUGAUCCGUGAUUCUGGUGCCUACUUACCAGGUGUAAAUGAAGAGAUCGUCGGUUUCGUCCAAGCCCUCGUUUUGACCGACCGUAUCGGUUACCACUUGGUCGCCUUGCGUUCAUUCAAGGAUAUCUUUGGAAAGUUGAGAAAGGCCGGUGAGGAAUGGAUCAUCACCUUGAAGGACUGUGACACUUAUAUCCCAGAUGUCAACGAGAAGGUCCUCCGUGACGUCAAGGCCAUCACCUUGACCAACCGUCAAUACUGUAUCGUCGAUUCUCCAGUCGACCCAGCCACCGGAAAGAACUUGCUCGGUCACCAAGAUCUCCGUAAGGGUGAACGUACUUUCUUCUUGUUGCCAGGUGAAUCAUUGGUCAAGGGAAUUCAAAACGUCAACGUCUUGUCAGAAGAUGAGGCUUUGUUGCUCUCUUCCACCGAAUCCUUCCAAGACAAGACCGGAAAGGAGGUCGUCAACCGUAAGCCAGGUGAUUUGUGGAUGAUCUACGGUCCAUGUGACUACAUCCCACCAAUUCAAGUCGAUAUUGUCGAGCGUCGUAAGCGUAUUCCACUCGACGUCAACGAGGGUAUCUACGUUCGUGACACCAAGACCGGUAAGGUUCGUUCUGUCAUCGGUUCCUCAUACAUGUUGCUCCCUAACGAGGAGAGAUGGGCCAAGCCAUUGACCCCAAUCGUUGAGGAACUCCUCUCAAAGUCUGCCACACGUGACGUCAACGAGGAGCACAACGAAGUCGACCGUGACUCCACCAAGGUUGUCACCUACCGUGUUCCACACAAGGCUGCCGUUCAAAUCUACGAUUACCGUAAGAAGGAAGCCCGUGUUGUCUUUGGUCCAGAGUUAGUCAUGUUGGCCCCAGACGAAGAAUUCACCGUUCUUUCAUUGUCUGGUAAGAUUCCAAAGCGUCCAAAUCACAUUCGUUCACUCGCCCUCUUCUUGGGUCCAGAUUUCAUGACUGACUUGAUCACCGUCGAAACCGCCGACCAUGCUCGUCUCUCAUUGAAGUUGUCCUACAACUGGGAGUUCCAAAUCGACAGCGCCAACCCAUCCAAGUUGUUUGCCACUGCUGAUUUCACUGGUGAUUUGUGUAAGGCCACCGGUUCAUUGGUAAGAGCUGCCGUCGCCUCCUCCACUUUCGACAACUUCCACAAGCACUCUUCAGAUAUCAUCCAAACUGCCGUCUUUGGUAAGGAUGAGGAAGGUAAGCCAAACAACCGUUUGGUCUUUGAAACCAACGGUUUGGUCAUCACAAACAUUGACGUUCAAUCUGUCGAGCCAGUCGACCAACGUACUUUGGACUCCUUGCAAAAGUCUGUCCAAUUGGCUAUCGAAAUUACCACCAAGUCACAAGAAGCCACUGCUCGUCAAGAAGCUGAACGUUUGGAGCAAAUGGCUCGUGGUGAAUUAGAUCGUCAAAAGAUUCUCGACGAAGCUGAGGCUGAGAAGUCUCGUGCCAACUUGGUUAAGUUGCAAGCCGAGUCAGCAUCCGUUGAAUCCACUGGUCAAGCUAUUGCCGAGGCUCGUGCUCGUGCUGAAGCCGCUUUGAUUGCCACCGAAUCUGAGGUCAAGAAGACCAAGUUGGAGUGUCAAGCUCAAGAAAUCGAAGCCUGUGCUGAGCUCGAAGAGGAAGUUGCCAAGCACGAAGUCGAAAUCGAACACACCAAGCUUUUGAACGAAUUGGAAGUCUCCAAGGCUCAACAAUUGGCCGAUAUCGAAGUCUCCAAAUUCUCCAACCAAGUCACUGCUCUUGGUACCGACACCAUCAAAUCCAUCGCCCAAGCUGGUCCAGAGAUGCAAGCCAAAUUGCUCCAAGGUUUGGGUCUCAAGUCCGUCUUGCUCACCGACGGUUCCUCCCCAAUCAAUCUUUUCAACACUGCUGCAGGUUUAAUCGGUGGUCCACAAACCGGAAACGUUGAAUCAUUCGACGAAUAA